UUAAAAUCAUGUCUUCGCAACUUAAAUUUGUUGUUGACGAGCUGAAAGCUCUGUACCCGAAGAAAAACUACAACAUUAUCGAAUUUGAUGGAUACCAACCAGAUCAACUCGUGCAGAUUUUGAGCAACGUUUCAUGCACUAUUGAAGGGAAGGACCAAGUUGAUACUCGUGCCGAGAACCGAGAGAUGACAGUCAAGCGGUUGCUCAACUCGCUAUACAUUAUGAAGUACAGACCACCCAGCGGCACAGAGUACGACCUAGCCCAAUCCUUGUUCGUCGGCGAAAAGUCGAUAAUACUGCCCAUUUUGGAGUGGCUGCUGAGAGAACGCCAGCUGCUGGAAAAGAGAGCCUACUUGGGCAAAUACUUAAUGAAAAUUGAAGUCCCAGCUGCGCUCAGAGGAGACUCUAAUCUAGAGGAGCUUUAUGAAAACUACGAACAGCUACUGGAGGCAUUUAAAGAUGCGCACCGCGAGCGCGAGCAGCUUGUGUCUGGUGGCAGCAACGCCGGAGAGCUCAGGGGAGAUUUGGCCGUCAUGGAACGUGAACGGGAAAUCGUGGCCGCCAAAGUAGCCACUCUGCAAAAAACUCGCGUUGAGGGCUCAAAAGCAAACGCGGCUCUGCUGGCUCGAGUGAAAGCCUUGCGGGAGGCGCGGGCCAAGAGGGACAUGUUGUUGGAGCAGAAGGCGCGUCUUCAGACCACCUGCGCCGAGCUGGAGCGAUUCGUGGCCAGGACCAAGCAGCAGGUCACUGAAGCUCGCAGGGCGGCCCACGGAGUCACUCCGCAAGGUCUGCUACAAAGGGCGGAAGAGGAAGAAAAAGUAUCCACGUACAUCGCCAACGAGAAAAUCCCUGCUGACAUCAAAAGCGCCCAAACGCAAUUACAACUGCUGCGCGAGGUGGCGUCGCAAACGUGUCUAACGAGGUCGGACCUUGCCCAAGUCGAGCAACAGGUGCGCACCCUAUCUACAGAGGUGAACGCGUUGCUCGAGCGCAGAAUGGCAGCGACCGACCCGGCCGACGACAAACUCGCCCCUUUCAAACAGCAGGCGGCCAUGCUCGGCCGCAAGAAGGAGGCCGCCGCAGAGGCCCUUGGAGAUCUCAAGAGAGAGUCGGCAACGUUGAAAGCAAAACUUGAACACAUCCAAGGGCAGUUGUUGCCAGGCGAGGAGAUGCCUCUGACAGAAGAGCAGUACAAGCGCUACCUGGCGCAGUUGAAGCCACGCACCGAACUCUUCAAAGCGCGCAGGAGCCAACUGUCCAGUCAGACGGCUGAGUGUGGCGUGCUGUCCCGCACGCUCGAAGUCCUGAGAGCCAACCACGACCUGGCCCAGAGACAAUUGGCGGACGAAGAGCGCCGACUUGGCCUCAGUGGCUAUUCGAGCACCGCGUCGCAACUGGAGGAGGUGGACGCGGCCAAGACGCAGCUCGACAUGCAGAAGGAAGUUUCCUUGGAGGCGCUGUCCAAGACCAUCCUCGAGCUCAACCAGAUAAUCGCAACCAAGAAGGCCAAACUUGCACCCGCAAUCCAAGAACUACGUCCUUUGAGGGAGCAGUACCAGUCCGCCUUGGCCGACUUCAACAAGGUAAAGCAGCAGUACGACGCGACGGCGGCCAACAUCGGUUCGGCCAGCAACAAAAUCGAGCAGGAAAUUAAGCAAAUUGAAGAGGAAACGCGGCAAGCGUCGGCGGAGGCGGCCCUUCUCGAGGCCAAAACGGAAGUGGUCGGCGCCCAGAAGGAGAUGCUAGAGCAAGAGAUGGCUUAUUACAAGGCCGGUGACAAAGCCAAAUCUCUCAGGGAUCGGUUAAACGCGAAAAUUGCCGAGGAAGAGAAGCGCGGUCGACACUUGAAGGAGGUGCAGAGAACCAUGAAGGACAACGAGCCGGCCAACGAAAGACAGGCACAGCUCUGGGAAAAUGUUGAAAAAAUUUUUGCUGCUAAACUGCGGCACUUGGAGGCGGCUAGGAGGAACUCUGGGGUUUUCAGAAGGGAAAGAGGCGCUGAAACGCUCACCAUAUUGAAUUAAUUGUAUCAUAAUUAUAAAAUAAGGUGGUUCAUGUUUGGAUUAAAAUAUAUUAUA